AUGGGGUCCCGCGUCGGUCCUUACAUUGUCACCUCUACCCUCGGCCAGGGCACCUUCGGCAAAGUUAAGCUCGCCCAACAUCAGGAGACUGGUAUCGAAUACGCCAUCAAAAUUCUCGACAAGUCGGACAUCAAAGCCAAUGAGCUCACCGUCAAUGUCCGUCGCGAAAUCGCCAUCAUGAAGGCCCUAAACCAUAACAACAUUGUCAAUCUUCGAGAAGUCCUCUCUUCGAAGACAAAGCUUUACAUCGUCAUGGACUUGGUCCGCGGCGGCGAACUUUUUGAACAAAUUGAGAGGAGAGGCGAACUCGAUGAAAAACUUGCCCGUAAAUACUUCCAACAGCUCAUUGAUGGCGUUGAUUAUUGUCACAGGAGAGGCGUCUGUCAUCGUGACCUCAAGCCUGAAAAUUUGCUCGUCGAUGAAAACGGGACCUUGAAGAUUACAGAUUUUGGCGUUUCUUCAAUGAAGGGCGGCGUCAGCGGCAGUGACUUGCUGUACACGGCGUGUGGAACCCCGUAUUACUGCGCACCAGAGAUUAUUAAUGGUGCAGAGGAGGGCUACUCUGGCGUCAAGAUCGAUGCAUGGUCGUGCGGAAUCAUCCUCUUUCUCCUCCUCACAGGCACUCUUCCCUUCCAAAAUGAAGAUAUGACAAAACUCUAUGAACAAAUUAACCGCUGCAAGGUUGAAUAUCCCUCUUGGAUGCCGGCAGAUGCAAAGAAUCUCAUCGCACAGCUUCUGGAGAAGGACCCCGACAAACGCUACUCUUUGGAAAAUGUUAAGGGACAUUCCUGGUUUCUCGUUGAUUACGAAGGCACUGACAACGAUGUCAAUCGCCGUUCGACGGAACGUUCUAACAACUCAUCCAAUUCUUCCCGCGAGUCACGGAGGGCUCCUCGCGUCAAUUCCCGUAGUGGCUCUAGGUCCAGAGAUAGACUAGAUCGCAAUCGUCGCUCCGCAGAAAUGGCCCAUCCUGCUCCACCCCCCGCACCAGCCCCUGCACCUGAACCGGCCCCAGUCCUGAGAGACGUCGUCGCAGAGUUCGGCGACAAGGAUCUCGAAGACUUGAUCACGGCCGCACUUCCAGGCAAGCCGCAAAAGAGAAUUGAUGAUGUUGUUACCAAGCUGUCAGAACUAGAUAUUGAUUGUGCAGAGGAUAUCCAGUUUCUUGCCGAAACUCUGCGUGAACCGACUAAUCUCACGACAUGGCUCGAGGAUAAGAGUCAACUCCCGUCUGUUACUUGUAUGCGCAUAUCUAGAUUCUUCUUCAAUUAAUAUAACACGAUAAAACGUUUCGGUGUUCACACAUG